CGUCUGACGUCAGACGUUGUGGCACGUCGCCGUCAUCUAUGGAGUUCUGACGAUCGACAUCGAUUCAUGUGUACUUUUACUAACUUUAUUUUGGGGUGAAUAAGUUGAACAACGCGUUGCCUCUUCAGAGAUGUCUGGACGUGUGUGCGCCAGUAUACUUCAAAGAGCUUCAAGCUACACAUUGACACUUUCCAAACCCACUGCCCCACUCCAGUACUCCCAAUGUAACUCCUCGUCCUGGGGUCCCUGCAGGUCAGACACGUUGUGCCUCACUGGAGAGGAGUCGGGGAAGUGGCCUCAUAGUAUGCGGCACCUCUCGACUCGUCAGAACCUAGACUUCCAGCUCAGCCGGGUUCAAAUCAACAGUAUCCUGCGAUCUAAUGAGCAGAGUGUGAGUGUGCCAGAGUUUGAUGGCAGGGGACUCAGUGCUGUCAGAAGGUUUGAGAGCAACCAGCUGGCUGCUAACACACCCAAUGAAGACCGUCGCAGUGCAGCCACCUGCUUACAGUCAAAGGGCAUGCUCUUUGGAGUGUUUGACGGCCAUGGGGGCUGGGCGUGUGCCCAGGCUGUCAGUGACCGUCUGCUGUCCUACACCGCAGUCGCAAUGAUGUCGAAGCAGAGCCUGGAGGAGCUUGAGAAAUGCAUGGAGCAUGGCAGAGCUGUUCCUCCCAUCUUGCAGUGGUACAAACAACAUGCCGACUUCAACUAUCGGGAAUCUGCUUCCCUCUACAUUGACCACCUCAGAGUCUUCUGGCAAGAGUUACUGGACAGUGAGGAACAGGGUGAAGGCAUGAGUCCUCUGGAUGCUCUGGACUAUUCUUUUAAACGACUCGACGCCGACAUCUCCUUGGAGGCUCAGGUCCCUUUUUACAAUGACCUGAUCAAAAGCACAGCCAUCCAGGUUGCGUUUGCCGGAAGCACUGCCUGUGUGGCUCAUGUUUGCGCAGACUGGAUCCACGUGGCGAAUGCCGGUGACUGCAGAGCAGUUGUGGGGGUGCUGGAGGAGGAUGGAUCUUGGAGUGCUUUGCCCCUUUCUCAGGACCAUAACACACAGAACCAGGCUGAGGUGGAGCGGAUCAAGACCCAGCACCCGCCCUCAGAGAGAGACACAGUGGUCACAGAUGACAGACUGCUUGGGAUUUUGAUGCCACUGCGUGCGUUUGGUGACGUAAGAUUCAAGUGGAGCCUUGAGUUGCAGCGCAGCAUUUUAGCCAGCCUGGAAUCUAGAGUGGACCUGGACUCUCUCAACCUGUACCAGUACGCUCCACCUAACUACCUAACUCCACCUUAUCUGGAUGUGGCACCCGAGAUAACCCACCACAAGCUGAGACCGCAGGACCGCUUCCUGAUCCUCGGCACCGACGGGCUGUGGGAUGAACUAGGGAACGAGGAGGCUGUGCGACUUGUUGGAGAGCACCUGAGUGGGAUUCACCUUCAGGCUCCUGUUUCUCCAUCUGAGAGGCAAAUGAAAUUGGGUCAAAUGCAUGAAUUCUUGCUAAAGCGCCAGGCCCUUGCCGCCCCGGCUUUAGACACCAACGCUGCUACACACCUCAUCAGACACGCUCUGGGCACUGCAGAGUAUGGAGGACUGAGCCAGGAGAGGCUGGCCACGAUGCUCGCCUUGCCCGAGGACCUAGCUAGAAUGUACAGGGAUGAUAUCACAGCUACUGUGGUGUAUCUGAACUCUGAACUGGCCAGACCGUAACACGGCUAGCAGAAGGUUUGUUACAAUGCUUGUCAAAGAUUAAAAAAAUUCACAGUCAAGAUUUUCUGGAUAUUUUUGGACAAAAAUAUGAUCAUUACAAUCUGUUACAUAUAUUGGUUUAUACAUAUAUUUUAAUGAAAGGGGAGUUUUCACAAAUACAAGAUUCUAUAGACUUAACAGAGGUUACAUAUUCUGAAUUGUAGCAUUUAUCAAGUUAAAAUACAGAUUUUGUGGCAAAAAAAAGUAGAUCCUUCAGUGUAUUCAUGACAUUUUAUACACAUCACCUGAGUUCUAUGUUAAAAGUGAAAAUGUUUGCAUUAAUUACAAUGCCACAGAGUAAAGCACUCACUCACUUUGUUCCCUUUCUGCAUAUUUGUUUCUAUUUACUUGCAGUUUGCUUUAGUUUAGACAAUCCACCUGUGAAGGUUUUUUCUUCUUUUCACUUUGCUUUUUAUGUGUAAGCUGUGAUUUAUUUUUUUAUUUUUUAUU